AUGGACCUGAAACCGAUCAGAACCUUCGUUUCAGUCUUGAAGCUGGUGGUCAGUCAGGAGUUGGACUCUGUCAGCCCUGAACUCCUGAAGAUCCACCAGUCUAAAUCAUCUCCGUUCAGGUGCCGUCACAUAUUCAAGAGGAAAAUCAGCCCAGUGAAACAGAAGGAUGGACAUUUGGAUCAAACUGACUCUCUGGACGGUUCUGGUGUUUUCAGCAGUAAUUCACCAAACAACGACCCUCGUUAUCAAUACCUGGGAGACAAGAAGGGAAACUGCACUUUACAGAUCAGAGACGUUCAGUGGAAAGACGGUACAGGACCAGGCGGGUCACAAGACGGCUCAACGUUUCGCUUCAGGAUGGAAGCUGAUGAUCCUCUAGGACAUUUCACUAACACGACCGGAGUGACGGUCAGAGUUGUCGAUUGGAUUAAACUGAAAAUAGAAGCCUCCAGUAACGAGUCCAGACGAGGUCAAUCAGUCUCCCUGCAGUGCACCUCUUCACCCUGCACCAUCCAAGACCUGAAUGUCAUCUGGUUCAGAGAUGGCCACGCCCUCUCAGAGUCUGGACACGCCCUCCAGCUCGGCCCUCUGACCGCAGAGGAUUCUGGGAAAUACACCUGCGUUCUGAGCACGGACGUGAACACACGGUCUGACUCGUUCAGCCUGCAGGUGGAGGACGGAGACGGAGAUGGAGACGGUCCUGAUGGUGGUUAG